ACUGCUUCAAAACCAAUUGUACCGGAUGCUACACCGGUACAUGGCACCGUACACAGACAGGUCGUGAAUGCCAGAGAUGGGAUUCACAAACCCCUCAUAAACAUAAAGCGACAGAUGGUGAGAAGUUUCAACAAGAUCAAUCUGUGACGGGUGCCCAGAAUUAUUGCAGGGAUCCUACUGAAUCCGGAUUCCUUUGGUGCUAUACGAUGGAUCCAAAUGAAAGAUGGGAGAAGUGUGGAAUUCUUGAGUGCUGACACUUUUUUUCUUUGGUUUUCAUUUUGGCAAAAUCAGAAUUGGACUAAAGAUGUAUAUAUCAACUUCCAAAAUAAAAAGAAACAGUAUA